CGUCUAAUCUGCUAAGAGAAGAAGAAGAAGAAGCAGUUGCGCCCUCUGGCGGUGAGACGCAGCAGCAGCAGCAGCAGAGGUGACUGGGACUCCGUGUCGGACUCUUUGCUCAUUUCUAUUCCCACCUUCAGAGGUCCAACCAACAUUUCCACCAUGAGUCGAACCUCAAGUGUGUUUCUGCUGCAGCUGUCCAGAGUGGGGUUCACAUCCUGGGUUCCAAAGCUCCCUCUCUACAAUCCUGGACCGAUCCGUCUUCCACCCGCCUCGUCCCAGUCCUCUGUGCUCUCAGCUCGUCUUUACUCCCACAAUGACAAGACGCGCUCCUAUCUUCAUUACUUAAAGCGUAAGGUCAUUCCCCGUCCCAGACCACCGUUCAGUCAUGUGUGCCAGGUGGGGGACCCGGUGCUGCGCUCACAGGCAGCUGCUGUUGACCCUGCAGCCAUAAGGGACCCUGAGAUCCAGCACGUCAUCAGGACUCUGGUGAAGGUGAUGAGAAGCCGUGCGUGUGUGGGACUGAGCGCCCCUCAGAUUGGGGUGCCGCUUCGCAUCUUGGCCAUAGAAUACACUCAGGAGAUGUUGGAGAAGAUGUCGCCUGAAUCAAGGGAGGCGCGCGGCCUGUCUGUCCAACCCCUGAGAGUAUUUGUCAACCCUCGUAUCAGAGUGCUGGACGCACGCAUGGUGCUGUUUGAUGAAGGCUGUGACAGCAUCUCAGGCUUUGCCGCCACCGUCCCUCGCUACCUGUCUGUGGAAGUUUCCGGUCUGAACGAGGAAGGAGAAGCUGUCACAUGGAGAACCAGUGGCUGGCCCGCGCGGAUCCUCCAGCAUGAGAUGGACCACCUAGAAGGAGUCCUCUUCAUUGACCGCAUGGACAGCAAGACUUUCAUCAACCGCCACUGGCAGCAACUCAAUGACUAGUAGACAGACCACCCGACAGGCCACACCUUCAGCAAGACGACUGUGUUCUCCGUGGGGAAUGCAGCACCCGACACUCCAGAGCAGCAGGGGGCGCUGAUGCAGCAUUAAAUUGGACUGCAAGUGGCAACAAUCAAAGAUGCUGAAUAAGACUGAGAUCUGAACGGUCUCAGCUUGCCUCGAUUAGAUCCAGAUUGGUGACCUUUGACCCUGACCGCUUAUCUUUGAAUAUAGUCUGUCUGAUCCUGAUUUCACAGUUAUGUUUUCAUUCUGGUUUCUCGAUGUCAGCAGAUCUCACCAACACGUGAAAAAGUAGACCUUGAACCUUAGAAGAGCUGAUGUGAUCUUGAUGCUGAUCAGGAUCACAGGAUACUUCUGGACUUGGAUCACGGAAGUAACUUAAGGUUCGGUCGGGUUUUGGGAGCACGUGCUGCUGCUGCACGUCAUCACCCGCAGUACUGGAACCACUGCAGGUCCUGGAUAGCAACCAACAUGUCAGACAAGCAUCUUUACCUGUGGAAAGUGUCUGUCUUCCUGCCGGAGCCGGCGGGACCUUGGGCGCAGCUUGUCUUCAUGAAAAUUUAUUCCAGGUCUGUGUGUUCAAAAUGUCCUGCUCACACAGCUGCUAAACAAAUUUUUGCUGAAUGAAAAUUUGUGCGCACGCCAACCAAAGAUCUAUAGAGGAGCUGAAGAGACGACAGAGACAUUGAGGACUGGAAACAACGGCGAGGACGUGGACUUUGUUGAUGGUCGUGUUUGUGCUGUAGCUCCUCACGUGUGGUUGUAUUUUACACAGGACAUGUAAUUAUUUACUGAAAUAAAUUGGUCCUCGUGUCUGAACAUCUCUGAAGCCACUGGCCCAGUGAA